AUGGCGCAUGCUAUCUCAACUACGCGGGCGCGUAUAAUGCGGUCAAAGCUCAAACGACCGAUAAAGCCGACAGACGACGAGUCGACAGCUGCAAAGCAGGGCGAGGCUGCGAAAGCGUCCGAGAGUGAGUCUGACCCGGAGUCCGACUCCUCCAACGGCGAGCGCGAAGAACUGCCGCCGCCGGCGCCACCAGGUGGGCCCCGCUUGAGUCCGUCGGAGAAGGCGGCUGCGGACAAGGUGGCUGUGGACAAGGCGGCUGCGGACAAGGCGGCUGCUAAGAAGGCGAAUGCCGACAGGGUAGCUGCACUGCUGGCGGCUGCCGAGAAGACGGCUGCUAAGAAGGCGAAUGCCGACAGGGUAGCUGCACUGCUGGCGGCUGCCGAGAAGACGGCUGCGGACAAGGCGGCUGCGGAGGCGGCUGCUGACAGGGCAGCUGCGCUCCUGGCGAGUGCGGAGAAGGCCGCGGCGAUUGAGGCUGCGGGCGAGGAGGCUACCGCCGGUGUGGCCGCACGGAUGGGCAAGCAGCACACGGCACACGCGCCCUCCGACCGCGCCACGCCGAUCUCGACGCCGCCGCCCGCCCUCGAGGUGUGGCGCGCGCGCGAGGCGGCGGGCGCGCUCUCAGCGUGGCAGCUGCAGCAGGAACUCGGCUCGUCCGUCUGGGCGAGCGUCGCGCUCGACGCGGUGCCGAUUGACCUCGCGCAGACGGAGGCGCUGUUCGCGCGCGCGACCAACGUGGGCAUCUUCCUGCGCAAGACGUCGAAGCUGCUCUCGCUCGAGCGGUUGUGCGCGGCGAUCGUCUCGCUCGAGGCCAGCGUGCUCGAGCCCGAGCUACUCGACUCGGUCUUGUGCAACCUGCCCGCCAAGACUUGGGCAGAGGAGGCCAAGGCGUUGCGUGCGCUCAAGCACGUGCCGCCGUCGAGCCUCGCCGCGCCCGAGCGCUUCUGCUUCGAGAUGGCGCGGCUGCCACGGCUGCGGCCGAUGCUGCACGCGCUGCGGCAGAAGCACACGCUGCCGCAGGCCCUCGAGCGCGCCACCGCAGCGCUCGCGACCGUCGCCACCGCCGCGCGCCAGCUGAUGGACUCACCGAGCCUGCGGCUGCUGCUCGGCUCGGUGCUGGCGCACGGCAACUACCUGAACGCGGGCACAAGGCGCGGCGGUGCGCGCGGUGUCAAGCUCGAAGCGCUCGAGAAGGCGCGCGGCGUCAAGUCCGCCGACGGCCAGCACACGCUCCUCGAGCACGCCUGCGCCACCUGCGGGCUGUGGCGGCACACGCUCACGUCCGAGCUCGGCGGCGUGCGUGCCGCGUGCAAGAAGUCGUGCAAGCUGCCGCUGCUCGAUGUGAUCCGCAUCACCAUCCAGGAGCUCGAGGAGGGCGUCAACAGCGUCGCCCAGGAGAUCGCGCUCUGCCCUGACCUCGACGCAGACGUCGCCGCCGACGCGUCCGCGCCGCCGCCGAAGCGUGACGGUGGUGAGCCAAGCGAGGAGGAGCGGCAGGUCGCGCUGCGCUUCCGCAGCGCGAUGGCUCCAUUCCACACCGACAUGCGCCGCGGCCUCGACGCGCUCACCGCACACCGCGACGAGACCAAGACGCUGCUCAAGCGCCUCGCCGCCUGGCUGGGCGAGGACCCCAACCGGGCCAACCCUAACAGCAUCCUCAAGGUGUGCGCGGACCUCAUCGACACGGCGAUCGCGUGCGCGCGCGUGUCUGCGGAGGAGCAUAAAGAGUAA